ACAGCAAGCUGCUACAACUUUAUAUAACACAAACCAACUUUCAUAUAUCCUCUAAAUAUUUCUCUCAUUAUCACCACACUAGCCAAAAACCUUUAGCCAUAACUAUAAUGGCAAAAGGCGGAAAGCUAACCAAGAUCAAGUCGGUUCUAAAGAAAUGGCAUUCGUUUACCAAAGGCAGUGCAAGCCCUGCAUCCAGUACUUCUGAUGAAGAAGACUACAGCAAUAACUUGAACCAUUCUCAUGCUGUUUACGUAGGCAAGUCAAGGCGGCGUUACCUUAUAAGCUCGGAUGUAGCCCAACACCCGUUGUUUCAAGAACUUGUGGAACGUUCGGGUGAUGGAGAUUCAACUAUUGAGUGUGAGGUUGUGUUGUUUGAACAUUUGUUGUGGAUGAUUGAAAAUGCUGAUCCUCAGCCUGAAGGUUUACAUGAACUCGUGGACUUUUACGCUUGCUGAUCAAUAAUAAUGUUUUUUUUUUUCCACUUCUUCUUAUUCAUUAAUCUUGUAAUUUGUUCUCAAAGUGAUCAUGUUUUACACCAUUGAUUUUCUUUCUUGGAUUACAAGUAAUUAAUCCAAUAAUCCUUCUUUUUUUGUAUUUAAUUUGAUCAAGUCAAUGUAUUAAUCAUAGUAUUGUAACCCACUAAUUAAUUAAGGUGUGUUUAUCACGUCUGGAAGUGGUCAAGUGCUAUUGGGU